AUGAUCAAGACCCCCGACACCGCCGCUGGCGCUACCUUUACGCCUGAGAUCACUCAAGCCGAGAACAUUCGCAACAAGAUGUCUGUCGACAACCUCGUCGAGAGCCCGAGUGAUUCUCCUGACAUCACCUCGGCGCUCAUAAUUGCACCACCUUCCACUCCCAAGUCGACCAAGGAAGAGCCUUCAUCGCCCACUGUCAAGACUCCUGACACCGUCAUGACCGACCUCGCCGAGCCCGACGUCUCUGGUGAUGAGUCUCUCGACGACGACGGCGAAGAUGUACCCGACUCACAGCGCGAGUUCCUCUGCAUGAACGACGAGCACACUCGCUGCAUGACUGGCCAGUACACCAAGGACCUGUCGCGCAAGGUCAUCUCCGACCACUUUGGCCGCAACAAGGCGUGUACCCGCGACAUCACCGACUGGCCUCUGUUCUGCCGCAAGCACUACCAGCGCGCGACCUACAACAAGACCAAGUGGCAGAUCCGCAAAGUGCAGCUCAUCCUCCGCCAGUUCGAGGUAAUCGAGAAGCAGUUCCCAGGCACCACCUACGACAUCGCUUUCAAGAAGUCCGAAGAAGCGCGUCUAAACCACUACUCCCGUCAAGUCGCCGCCGGAGCCAAGAAUGAUCAAGCUGAGAAGAGUGUGCACCCCAAGAUCGGCAAGCACUUCGAGGCGCCCAUCGACGUCCUCCGCGAGCUAGACCAGUGGCUCGGCUUCAACAAGACGUACGCAGAAGUCAAGAAGAUCGUCGAUGUCAUCCUCCAGAUGCUCGAGGAGAAGGAGACCGAACAAGUUCCGUCCAUCGAGUUCCUCCCCAAGCUCCCUGGCAAGACUCCGUCGCCCAAGAAGACCCCAGCCAAAGCCCGCACACCCAAGUCGCCCAAGUCACCCAAGUCACCCGCCAAGUCACCCAAGACAUCUACCCGCGUCUCCAACAAGGGUUCCGUCAAGAAGACUUCAGCAAAGGCCUAG